ACAGCGAAGUCCGCGAGUGCGAGAGAGACGGUGAGCGCGGCGCGGGAACAGCGAAUGAGCGAAUGUGCUGCUCCAACCGACAAAGACGCAAGACGUUUUUCGCGCCGAGGGAGCCUUGUGUUGUUCUGCUGGGCCGAUUGUUUGGAUUCUAAUUUCUUCGUCGACUCAUCCUGUCAUGCUGCUUUUGGACGUCCCAUCGCCUCUCUAGUCGGCCAGGCUGCUUCUCGCGGAGCUGUUUGCACCCUCGAGUCCCGCGGACUGUGAGCUUGUGUUUAGCUCUACUGUCUAGAGCAGAGUCCUGUUUCAGUUUGCAAGUUGCGCUCUGAUUCUGCCAGGUCUACUCCAAUGCAAUGACCGUCAAAAUUGAAGAGAGCAGUGUUAGUAAGGAUGGGAAGGACAAGCCAUCCAGCUCCAAACCAUCCACCCCGAAAGCGGGCAAAAAGAAAGCUUUGGGCAAGCAACAAACGAUUUCAAGCAUGUUUAUGAAAGCUGGGAGUUCUAGCAAAUCUUCCUCACCAGAUAAGCUUGUUGCAACUGCUGAUCAACCGUCACCUUCAAAUGAGACGCCUGUGAACAACAAUAAUUGUUCUAACAUCAAAGAAGAGAAGGAGGAUGAUGUCAACGUCGAGCAGGAGGCGGAGGAUACGCAACCUGAUAAUGCGCUGAAGCGGAAAUGUCAAGUUGUUGCUGAAGACAAUCCUCCCGAGAAACUAACAAAUGGAACUGAAAAAAGGCUGCAACCAAUUGAAAAAAAAAUAAAAAGAGAGGAAGAUGAAAAAGCAGUAGAGGAAGAUGUGAGCGUAACGCCUAGAUCCGAAGUGUUGCAAAGGUGUGAGAUAUGCAGGCAGAUCUUAGGAGGGCCAAAUACUUGCAUUUAUUCUGGUCACCCUAAUGAAGCUGUGGAAGAAUUCAUUGCCCUGACCAACCCCAAGCUGUCUCUCUUCAGCGGAGAUGAGGAGAGUGUCGAGACAGAUGAGCGACCCCAAAAUAAGCUUACCGCCUUCAGUGUAUAUGACAAGCAGGGUCAUUUAUGUCCUCUAGAUUCUGGUCUGAUAGAAGAUAAUGUUUUACUAUUUGUUUCCGGAUACAUGAAACCAGUGUAUGAAGAGAACCCAGAUCCAGAAGAUGGUGUUGCAGCCAUGGAUAUUGGCCCAAUAAAUGAAUGGUGGGUGUCUGGUUUUGAUGGUGGGGAGGCAGCACUCAUCGGACUUUCAACAGCUUUUGGUGAAUACUUUCUCAUGGAACCCUCGGAAGAAUAUGCUGGCUUUAUGGAGCCCAUGAGAGAAAAAAUAUUCAUGAGUAAAAUUGUUAUUGAAUUUUUACUUGAUGAAAUUGAGCCUGUGUAUGAGGACUUAUUAAACAAGUUGCAUACAACAGUUCCUCCUAAAGGUCUAACAAUGCUCACAGAAGACAGUUUACUUCGUCACUCCCAGUUUAUUUGUGAUCAAGUGCAGAGCUUUGAUGGUGCAGCUACAAAUAGUGAUAUGCUCAUCACCACCCCUUGCAUGAGAACUCUUAUGAAGUUAUCUGGUGUUACUCUUGGCAAAAGGAGGGCUAUGCGGAAAACAGAACGCAGAACAAAAGCAGACCGUAAGCCUGCUUGGACUAAGGCUACUACAACCGAGUUAGUGCGAAAUGUGUUUGACACUUUCUUUGUUGAUCAAAUAGACAAAGAGGAUGAGAAGGAGAAAGCGGCACCACGCCGCCGGCGGUGCGGAGUGUGCGAGGUGUGUCAGAUGGCUGAUUGUGGAGAAUGCACAUCUUGUAGAGACAUGGUGAAAUUUGGAGGGUCUGGCCGCAGCAAACAGGCUUGUGCUCAAAGAAGGUGUCCCAAUUUAGCUGUACAGGAAGCCGAUGAUUCUGAAGCAGAGGAGGAUGACGAUGUUGAGAAACCUAUCAAGGUCAGUGGCAAGGUUCGGAACUCUAAAAUACCAACACCAGUCUAUGAAGCUGAGUCUAAUCAGCCCGCGGAAGUUCGUUGGAUCGGAGACCCUAUCUUUUCCAAUGAUGACUUUGAAUAUUUCAGCCUUGUUAAUGUCAAUGGCAUAGAAUUUGGUCCAAAGGACUGUGUUUUAGUGAAGCCAAACGACCCGAAGGCUCCAUUGUUUGUUGCCCGUGUUGUCAGCUUAUACGAAGACAAAAAAGGCUCCAAAAAAGCUCAUCUACAGUGGUUCAUUCGUGGUAUUGACACUGUCCUUGGCGAGACUUCAGAUCCAAGAGAAAUUUUUGUAGUCAAUGUUUGUGAAGACGUAUCUUUUGGACUAAUAUCAAAAGUUGCAAAUGUCCAGCACUUGCAAACCCCUGAUAAUUGGCACAUGCUUGGAGGUGAAACUCUGCCAAUUGAUGAUUUUCCUGAUGAUGGCACAAGCUUCUUCUACCAAAAGAUGUAUGAUGCGGGCAGAGGUCGGUUUGAAGAUUUAAAAGAAAAAAUGGAGUGUCCCGAUACUGAGGAGCCUUGUAUAUUCUGUGAAUGCUGUGAAAUUCAGAGACUGGCUGACUAUAAGAUGACCCCAACUGCUUUGGAACCAUUGGAAGAAGAAAACUCAGCUCUAAAUGAGGUGAAAUGUGGAGUGGCCCAUUUCAAUGGUGAGGAAUACAGGGUAGGCCAUGGUGUGUACUUGAGAUCUGAUACCUUCAAGUUUGGUUCAUCUCUGGUGAGAGUUAAGAAGGAGAAACGAGAAAAGAUAAUUGAUGAAGAAAUGUAUCCUGAAUUCUACCGGAAAUCAUCUGACCAUGUAAAGGGCUCCAAUGAAGAGACCUGUGAACCGUAUUGUAUUGGCUAUAUUUCUUCAAUCAUGAAAAAGAAGUCUGGAGAUGUAAUUCUUGGUUUGAAUAAAAUGUAUAGGCCGGAAAAUACUCACCGUGGUCAAUCAUAUGGUCAACAGCUUGAUCUGAAUCUGUUACUUUGGAGUGAUGAAGAAUUCAGCACUAAUCUUUCUGAGGUGAUAGGGAAAUGCUUCAUUGUUUGUAGCGAUAAUCUCGACGGUCCUGAAGCAGAAUGGUCUUCCCAAGGACCAGAUAGAUACUAUUUCAGAGAGGCAUAUGACUCUGCGAACCAAACAUUUGUAGAACCGUCUGCCAAGGGUCUGUCCGCGGGGAUGAGAGGCAAAGGCAAAGGGAAAGGCAAAGGCAAGGGAAAGUCUUCCAGCUCAGCCAAGUGGGACCUCAAGCCCUCGGAAUGGCCUCAGAUAUCAAACCAACUACGCUGCCUGGAUGUUUUUGCUGGCUGUGGUGGGUUGUCAGAAGGUUUCCAUCAGUCCGGACUUGCAAAGACACUGUGGGCCAUUGAGAAGGAUGACAGUGCUGCUAAUGCUUUCCGCCUCAAUAAUCCUGAGACCACAGUUUUCUCAGAUGAUUGCAAUGAACUUCUCAAGCUAGUGAUGAAGGGUGACAAAAUAACUUCUAAAGGGCAGUCACUGCCUCAAAGAGGUGAUAUAGACCUCAUGUGCGGUGGUCCUCCUUGCCAGGGCUUUAGUGGAAUGAAUCGUUUUAACUCAAGACAGUACUCUUUAUUUAAAAAUUCUCUUGUGGCUUCCUAUUUGUCCUACUGUGAUUACUACAGACCCCGGUUUUUCAUUCUUGAAAAUGUGAGAAACUUUGUUUCUUUCAAACGCAGUAUUGUGUUGAAGCUUACACUGCGCUGCCUCAUUAAAAUGGGGUACCAGUGUGCUUUUGGAGUUCUGCAAGCAGGGAACUAUGGUGUUCCUCAGACCCGAAGAAGAGCAAUUAUAAUUGCUGCAGCUCCAGGUGAAGUGCUUCCUGAGUAUCCGAGUGCUCUGCACACUUUUAACAAGCGUGCGUCUCAGCUUUCUAUUGUGGUUGAUGACAAAAAGUUUAGCCCACUACGAGACAUGCCUGAGGGUGCUCCACUGCGAACAAUCACAGUGAGGGACGCCAUGUCAGACCUUCCAGAAAUUAGUAAUGGUCAUUCAAAGGAUGAAAUGGCUUAUGGCGAGGCUCUGACCCACUUCCAAAGACAGAUUCGAGGAAACCAAUACAUGCCUAUUUUACGGGACCACGUCUGCAAGAAAAUGGCACCUCUGGUGGAGGCCCGCAUGGCUAACAUUCCUACUGCGCCAGGCUCCGACUGGAGAGACCUUCCUAAUAUUGCAGUGCGUCUUAAUGAUGGGAAAAUGACUGCAAAGUUGUUGUACACCCACCAUGACAAAAAAAAUGGAGAGGCAUUAUCUGGAUCUCUGAGGGGAGUCUGCUCUUGUGCUGAGGGCAAAGUGUGCGACCCCAUGUGCCGUCAGUACAAUACUCUGAUCCCUUGGUGCCUGCCUCACACGGGCAAUCGACACAACAAUUGGGCCGGACUGUACGGUCGUUUGGAAUGGGAUGGUUUCUUCUCUACAACUGUUACUAAUCCGGAACCAAUGGGAAAACAGGGCCGUGUGCUUCAUCCAGAGCAGACACGUGUAGUGAGUGUAAGAGAAUGUGCACGAUCUCAAGGCUUCCCAGACACCUAUCGUUUCUUUGGCAACAUCCUUGAUAGGCAUCGGCAAAUAGGAAAUGCUGUACCUCCUCCUAUGGGCCGGUACAUUGGAAUGGAAAUAAGAAAGUGUGUGGCUCUCAAGGAAGAAAAAAAUUCAAAAGAUACAUUGAAUGACAUGGAGUAGUGGGAGAGUUUGAAUUUUUUAGUAAUUGAUUGAGUCAUAUGUACCUUGUAAGUCAUUUGAGUACUGCCCUUAUUGCAAAGUCCUCUCUGAUCUCAUUCAGUAUUUUAACAUUCCAUUAGGUAUUUAUAAACUCUUGGGUAACUGUUAACUCAUAAAGGGUUUCAAUUUUCUUUAUAAAAUGCCAUAAUUUUUUAAUUUUUUAAAAGAAUAAUUGUUUUGUGGUGACUGGUUCAUGUUUCCUUCACAGGUGAUUUUUUUUUUUAAUUUGUAAAUCAUGCCCACC